CGCAGACGCACCGGCCGACCGGGAGUGAGGAGAGGAGGGUGGGGAGGCGGUGGGCAGCCAUGGCUGAUUCCUGCAAGAACCUCACCUACGUACGGGACUCGGUGGGCCCAGCCACCAGCACCCUGAUGUUCGUGGCGGGCGUGGCGGGCAAUGGGCUGGCCCUGGGCAUCCUGGGCGGCCGGCGCCGUUCACACCCAUCAGCCUUUGCCGUGCUGGUCACUGGGCUGGCCGUGACCGACCUGCUGGGCACCUGCUUCCUGAGCCCGGCCGUGUUCGUGGCCUAUGCCCGCAACAGCUCGCUGCUGGGCCUGGCCCACGGGGGCCCUGAACUCUGCAACGCCUUCGCCUUUGCCAUGACCUUCUUCGGCUUGGCCUCCACGCUCAUCCUCUUCGCCAUGGCGGUGGAGCGCUGCCUGGCGCUCAGCCACCCCUACCUGUACGCCCAGCUGGAUGGGCCACGCUGCGCCCGCCUGGCGCUGCCCACCAUCUAUGCCUUCUGCCUGGUCUUCUGUACCCUGCCCCUCCUAGGCCUAGGUCAGCACCAACAGUACUGCCCGGGCAGCUGGUGCUUCAUCCGCCUGCGGGCACCUGAGCCGGGUGGCUGUGCUUUCUCCCUGGCCUAUGCCAGCCUGGUGGCCCUGUUGGUGAGCGCCAUCUUCCUGUGCAACGGCUCUGUCACCAUCAGCCUCUGCCGCAUGUACCGCCAGCAGCGGCGGUGCCAGGGCUCGCUGGUGCCCAGCGCGGGGACCCGUGAGGACGAGGUGGAUCAUCUCAUGCUGUUGGGCCUCAUGACAGGCAUCAUGGCCGUGUGCUCUCUGCCUCUGACGAUCCGUGGCUUCACCCAGGCCAUCGCCCCAGACAGCAGCGAGAUGGGGGAUCUCCUGGCCUUCCGCUUCAACGCCUUCAACCCCAUCCUGGACCCCUGGGUGUUCAUUCUGUUCCGCAAGGCCGUCUUCCGGCGCCUGCGCCUCUGGGUUUGCUGCCUCUGGGCUCAGCCUGCCCGCGGGGAGUUGCAGACAGCCAUCCCCAGGCCUGCCUCCGAGAGGGAGGAUCCUCAGGCCCCCUGGGCCCUGGAGGGGAAGGAGGGAAGCUGGGUGCCUCUGUCUGUCUGGAAGGAGAGACAGACGGUCCCUCUGCCUCCUGUGGCACCGGGGACACAGGGGACGCUGUCCAAAGCCGAGACGGCGGUGGCCUGCUCCCUCUGCUGACUGCUGGCCUGUCCUCUGGACACAGGGACCAGACAAGCAGGGAUCCAUUCAGCGGAUGGCUGUGGAAGUCAGAGCCUUGAUUCUCCCCCCCAAUUCAAGGGGUGCUCAGCUGCUUUUUCUAGGCAGCCGCUGUGGGUGUGUGUGGGGGGGGGUGACGCAGGUCCCCCGUGAAGAACACAUCUGUGAAAAUAACCAAUGGCUCGGCCGACUGCUCUCCAUCCAUCUUCCCGUGUAAAUAUUUAAGAAAUGGACAAGAGCCCAGUGGCUUCUGUAUAUUCAGGUCUGUUGGGGUUGGGGCUCCCGUCCUCAGCCUCAUCCGUUAAGGGGGCUCCAGCCACCCACCCCUCAGGGGACAGUCCUGCCCUCUCCCAAGCACUCCCCCCCCCCCCCCGCAUCUGCGCUCCCAGAGAGCUGGGGAUUGUGGGAACACUUCUCCCCUACCCCUCCUUCUUCUCAUCAGCUUGAGCCCCAAGGGCAUGGGGGAGGAAAGGGGGGGCUGCCUCCCUUCAUCAGAUGUGACACUGCUGGUCUGGGGAUGGCUGGAGUAUGGGAUGUGAGCCAUGGAUUGUGGGUACCAAGGAGAAAGAUAGAGACCUUGGGGGGGGGGAAGUGGGGUUCCUGGGGACUACCCCAGAAGGCACAGCCGGUCCUGACCUGUCCUGGAUAAAUAAAUGCUUCCA